AUGUCUGAACUCACCGUCAAGAUGCCAAAGAAACCCAAGGUGAACAAGCUGGCGCGCAUGUCGGACGAGGAGCGCGCCAGGUACCUGCAGCACCGCGCCGACCUGGAGGAGGAGGCGCGGAGGCGGAAGAGGGAACUCAUCGCUAGGUUCAUUAAGAAUAAACUGGAUAAAGAAGAAGCAUUCAGUCGCAAGAACACGGCAAAGCUGAAUCAAAUGUGGCGAUAUGUUCUACGCAAAAUCAAGUGCAAGCAGAUGGCCAGAGAAAUUGAAGGUAUGAUGAGCACGUUCAACUACCUGAUGGAGCGCAAGCAGCGCCUGAUCACUGCUCUGAUGAGCUCCCUCGGCGACUCCGACGACCAGCACCGCCGGGCCUUCCAGGCACAUACCGAGACUAUCAGCGACUUCUUAGGAAUUGGAUCCCAGCGCCUGGACAAACUGCACGAAGAAUACGAGCGCCAGAAGAACAUCCUGCUGGAGAGCUGGGACCACCAGGAGAUGGACCUCAACGACCACCAGCACGAGGCCGAGUUCAAGCUGAAGCUCAUCACCUACGUCCAGGACCGCGACUUCCAGCAAUAUAGGAGGACCACGGACCAGGAACGGGCCACGGAUAAAAAUGACGCUAGGAUUGAGCACGAAGAACAGAUGCGUCAGCUCCUGGCCCCCGCCGAGCAGCUGAUCGAGGCGUGCUGGUCGCGGCUGCGGGGGGUCUACUCCGGCUUCCUGCAGCAGCACCAGCCCGUGGCCGCCCACUACCAGCUGCUGGUGGAGAAGGACGACUUCUACCAGAGGGAUAUCGCGAGGAAUGAGAGGCAGAUUCAGCGGGCUACACACCUGCUCCUAACCCUACAAAAGGAGUACCACCGCACCGUCACCGUGUCCAGCGUGAAGCUGCAGCGUCUGGUAACCCGUAAGGAGGAGCUGGCGCGCCGGUACUGGCAGCUGAAGAGGGACUGCAAGAGCGCCGGGGGCAGGGGGGAUGACCGGCUUGUGGUGCUGGUGGAGGCCAGCCAGGGGGUUGUUGAGAGAAUGGAAGAUUUGAAGAGAAAGCUGGAGAAGAUCCAGCAACUGGCUGAGAUCUGCAGCAAGUUCGAGAAGGAAGAAGACCGGGAAGUGAUGGGCCAGAGCAGUGACAACGAGGGUGGAGUGGUGCUCUAUGAUCAUCUUGAUGAUGCUAUGGUGAAAGAGUGCACUGAAUACAGCAAAAUGGACAAGUUUAUGCUGAAAAUGAACCAUGUAAAAGUCCAAGCUUUGUGCUUGAAAGCUGAAAAGACUAAACUGUCCAAGGAGAAUAUCCAACUGAAACAUUACAUCAAGAAGUAUUUGACAGAGCUAGCGCUGAAGAAUGAGAAGGAUCGCCCAACCACAGUGAAGGUGCAAUCAGGCAUAAAUAAGGCAGAGAUGCCUAAAAUACUCCGUCCAGUGACUUGCAUAGAAGGUGCAGUUUGUAAUGCAGUGAUGCAUGAGAAGAGAAUGAAGAUACUUGAGAAGAAAAACCUAGAAUUUGGCGGAAUUCGAGCCUACCCUCGCAUGCAAAAUUGGAUGCAUUCUUAAUGAUU